UCAGCUGACUGACUGAACAGGGAGGAGCCGUGAAACUUUGCUUCAGGCAGUUCAUUCCUGUGCUGACGGCUACGUUUUAAUAAUAAUUUCGUCUUCGACAAACAUCAAGUGGGAGCGGAAGGACAUUUUGGGGGCAGUGUGAAAAAAUAGUUUUUGUUACAAUGGGAAGCUGGAAGAAUCACGCGCGAGCUCGACUACAACACAGAGACCAAACUGAGAAACUCCCAUUUGUUGGCGUCUUCACAAGCUUGUCUCAGCUGGAGGAACGUUUUGAAAUUCGCAAACAAAUUUUGGAUGAUGUUCAGUAUAAGAGUUUAGAACGAGGCGGACUUGAAGUUGGGGAAAACACCAGACUUCUUCAACUCCAACUGAGAGAGAGUGAACACCUGAAAGAAAAGCUGUCUCAGACUGUCUCCGACCUGACCACUGUUCUGUAUCUGAAAGAGGCUGAACUGCAGUACUGGCAGUCACGUGUGUCCCACUACCAUCAAGAGGCACUUACUCUGGCUAAAGGGAGUAACACCCUGAAGGCGACGCUUACAGAAUUUGAGUUCACCAUAGAGUGUCAAUCCAAAGAGUUGACAGCCCUUCGUACAGAGCAGAAAGGACUAAAUGAGGCGUUGGCACAGGCCUGGAGAGAGAAAGAAGAACUUGUGCAACGAUGGAUGGAGGAGAAGAGGGGGGAUGCAGACAGGUUAAAUAAGUACAAUGACACACAGGAAAGGUGGCAACGUUUGGCCAAACAGCUAAAGAAGCACCUCCAUAGGGAGAUGAGAAAAGAGUAUGUUCCCAUAGUGACGAGCUCUCGGAGUAGUGAAACAGAAGCGCCUACAUCAGUCAUUCUGAGGAUCAAUAAUACAACAGAUAUGCACCAGGGACAAUCAAACCACAGCCAUGUCUCAGCGGUGGCAAAAGUCUAAUUUCCCAUGGGAUCCUGGAGACGACAGAUCUCAGCAUGAGGAUUAGGUCAUUUCCCCAUUUCUCCAUUCUACAUUUACCUGUAGUUGGAAAAAAAAAUUAGUCAUACGUAUAUGUACAUGUAUGUGACGCCAGAACGAUGACCAAGGAGUGUUUGUAUUUUUGUUUAAUUUACCUACUUAAAAAAUCCUUCUAGUUUCACCAUUUGAGUGGAUAAACCAUUGAAACAACCUCUGCUCAUCUAGUUCACAUAAUUUAAAUCACAGGAGCGGGUGUUGUACAGUCAGGGCUUGGUAUUUAGUGACGAUGUGUCUAUUUUAACUUUUAACUAUUUUUUAUUUGCAAAGAAAAUCAUGUAAAUGUUUUACUUCCUAGGUCAAAAAGUGUAUUUGAAAAUAAUUGAUUAAAGUUUAC